GACGCGCCAGUGGGUCGCAGCUGGCGACAUCCCUCACACGUCCCCACCCGUUUGGAACCCUGGUCACUGGAGCUUCGACAUGGCCCGCAGCGCGACCUUUGUGCUCGACGGCGGCGGUUGAUGAGCACCAUGUCCAUUCGGCCUUUGCCCGAUGACGUCGUCGCCCAGAUCAAGUCCGCCACGGCCGUUGUGUCACUCGGUGGAGUCGUGCUCGAGCUGCUGAAGAACUCGCUCGACGCCAAGGCCUCCAGGAUCAAUGUCACCGUCGACUUCGCGCGGGGGGCAUGUGUCGUGGAGGACGACGGCCUGGGCAUACCGCCGACUGAAUUCUCUGAAGAUGGCGGUUUGGGAAAGCUCUACUGCACCUCCAAGUUUCAGGCCGACGGAUCGCAGCUAGGCCAGUACGGCACCUUCCUCGCCUCUCUCUCCGCUGUGUCUCUCUUGAACAUCACCUCCCACCACCACGCGUACCGCUCGCAGAAUUCAAUCACCUUCCACCACGCCCAAACUGUACAGAGGCAAAUACCGGCCCUUUCCCAAGACCAUGUCCACGGCAAGCAUGGGACCCGGGUCACCGUUCGCAAUUUGUUCGGGAACAUGCCAGUGCGGGUGAAACAGCGAGCAGUCGUCGGCGAUCAGAAGACAGAGCAACUCCGACUCCGCAACAGCCUGAGAAGAGACACCGUUGGCCUCCUCCUAAGUUGGCAAGGAUCAGCCUCACUCAAAGUUCGCGAUGCCGACGGCAAUACAAUCGUGCAGUCGAACACGUCAAACACACCUGUUGUAGCAGACAGUCGAAGUGCCGCAACCGAGAGACCACGGUCUGCGCAUCUCUCGUCCCUUCUUCAGAUCAUGACACAGGCAAACUACAUCGGUAUCAGUGACUGGGCAUCUUGGGUGCCAACUUCUGCUUCAACACCUGCCAUAUCUGUGAAAGGCGCCAUUUCGCUCGAGCCAGCACCGAACAAGCACGCACAAUUCAUCUCAUUUGGCCUGCGACCCUUGUUCGGUGAGACCGGUGGCAACGAGCUAUACGAUCAAGUCAACCGUAUGUUUGCGCUGUCCAGCUUUGGCUCCAUCGAGGACGACGUCGACGUGGAUGAGCAAGAGAAGCUCCGCCGGCUGACAGACAGGCGUUACAAGAACGAUGGGUACACGAAUCGGCAACUCAAGGCUCGAAAGGGUGUUGAUAGAUACCCCAUGUUUCACCUACGCAUUGUUCUUAAGGACAGAUCCGCCUUGGUGUCGGACGACCGCUUCAUUGAAGAUGAGUCUAACUUACACGCAGUGGUGGAUGUUCUCAGCGCCAUGGUCACGCAGUGGCUAUCAGUCCAUCACUUCUGUCCGAGGAAGUUGCACCAGACAGCAGCAACAUCCUCACAGUGUCUAGUCGAGCAGAGUCUCACAUCAUCGAGAAAGCGUCAAGCCCAAUUGAGCAGCCCGACAAGGUCUUUGGCGUCUACAGCGACAAACGCUACGAAGAAACAAAAACUCGCGAAGGCGUCCCUGGAGAAGUCACUUGACAGGCCGCGCACUCAAGCCUUUGCAGAUUGGUCGCGCAUCAAGAGUGGAAAGUCCAGCUUCUUCGAGACAAGGAAUACAACACAUAACACCCGCACUUCCAAGUCUCCACAGGCCUUCGCCAAUCGAACCUCACAUAAUGGCGACAGUCAACCGUCCCAUUGUAGAAAGGAACACGAAGAUGCAGCAUCCGAUGCUGUAUCUACUACCACGAAUGCGUUGAGCGAUAUCGCAGAUGAGACUGUGCCUUGGACCGAUCCAUCCACGAAUAAGGCCUACCAUCUCAACGCUCGAACGGGGUGCGUCAUGCCACCUCCACGAUCUCAAACAGGCCAUUCAGCGUUAUCGCCUUCCACUAGUCGACUGAAAACGAGCAAGUUGGUACGGCUAGCUCCCAAGUUUGCCACCGCUGAGCCUGCGAAAAGCGUGUGGCUGAAUGACCUACUGCGGACCUGGGACAAUCCGAUCUUCAAACCAAGUGAGCAAGCUAUACAACGAAUGUCGCUCCAAGACGGCCAGGAACAAGAGGGUGCACGGCACAGGAACACGCGCUGUUCUCAUUUCGACAUGCAGGAGGCGUUUAAUGAUGCAAGUUCGACCCUGUCCAGGCUGUCAAAAGAUGCCCUGCGCGGUGCCGAGGUUAUAUCCCAGGUCGACAAAAAGUUUGUUCUAGUAAAGAUGGCAGGCCUAUCUACCGGAUCCGAGGAACAAUCGCCUGCCGACACGUUGGUUCUAAUCGACCAACACGCGGCAGACGAACGCGUUCAGGUCGAAUUACUACUGAGCGAUCUGUGCAGCCCGGUGCAAAUUGACUGCAAUGGUACACAGCCCGAAUUCAGUCCUUUGGUUGCGUAUGUAGUUCUCGAGAAGUCAUUGCAUUUCGCAAUUUCCUCGCCCGAGCAUAAACACUUCGAUGCAUUUCGAGCAAACUUCGCUGAUUGGGGCAUUUUGUACGAUAUCAGCAGCCCUGCGCCUCUCGGAAGCAGAGAUGGCAAGGAGACAUGCAAACUUUCUGUCACAGCUCUUCCACCGAGCAUCUCGGAACGCUGCAAGACUGACCCUGAACUCCUGGUAUCUUUUCUGCGUUCUGCGGUGUGGGCGUACGUCGAAUCACCCCCUUGUUCACUUUCAUCCAGCGACCGACAUAGUACCUGGGUGAAGAAGAUUGCCACUUGUCCGGCAGGCCUUGUGGAUAUGAUCAAUUCCCGUGCCUGCCGAUCCGCGAUCAUGUUCAAUGAUGAACUGAGCCUAGAGGAAUGCAAGGUCCUUGUGGGCAAGCUGGCAGACUGUGUCUUUCCGUUUAUGUGUGCACAUGGUAGACCGAGCAUGGUGCCUAUUGCUGAUAUGGGUAGAUUUGGGAGUGAUUUUAGUAGAGGAGACGGGACCAAGACGGGCAUUGUGGACGCUUGGAAGAGGUGGAGACGUUGAUUAAAGUCACCCGGUUACACGGAAUAGCUCCAAGUGAUAUAUUUACACAUACAUGUUUCUGUGGUUGUACAUGAUGUUCCACCUCGCACGCAUACCAGCGAUCUAUUUCCAACCAUAAAUAGUUCGUGAACAUCAUUCUACAUCAGCCAGAUACAUAAGCAAGCCCCAUAUCACUUGGUGACUUUGAAUUUAGUCGAGAUGAGAGUUUCGUCAGCCAAGGGGUUGGCACUGGCUGGGGUGACGGUGGCACUCUGCGCAGCGUACAUGGCCUGCUAUCAGCUACACUAGAGUGUCACCAAUAAAAGGCAGUACUGCUGAAUUCGCGGUCUCUCUAACGUGGAACGUGUUUGGCCGAGUGGUCGGUCAGACGUACUCGGGUGCAGUAUGUUUAUACUUUCACACCUCGAGACAACAAAUUAAUGCG